AUGAAUUCACUUCCAUUGAAUGACGAACACAUUGAUGGACCUGCCCCUGUAGCUGAUGAUGUUGCCAUAGCUGAAUCAAAUCAUGCUUCUGAUAUUCAAGAUAGGCUAGAACUGGAUGGUGUUGAUAAACCAACAAAUAAACGUCAACGAAGGUUCACCUCAAAAUUUGUGGAAUUUCCCUAUAAGAAGCUUUAUGGUGAUGAAUCAUUUGAGUUCAUUCGUGUUUGUGAGAAGUUAUUCUUUUUGUUUGAUGAGUACAUGCACAAUUCUUUUAAGGCUAGUUCUUCACAGACAUCAGUUUCUCAGGACGUAGAUCAUGGUUCUCGUGCUGAAGGAGUAAGCUCUAGCUGUAGGCAAAAGACUCCAGUUGAACAAAACAGACAGCAGGUGAGAUAUCCAGAUCGUAUAACUCUUAUUAGAGGGAACCAUGAGAGUCGCCAAAUUACACAGAUUCGAACAAUUGAUAGAAAGCAAGAAGUACCCCAUGAUGGUGGCAUGUGUGACCUCUUAUGGUCAGAUCCUGCAGAUAUUGUUGAUGGUUUGUGGCUUAACUUCUUACAAAAUUGUCCUAUGAUGGCAGCUAAAUUGCUAAUGGGUGCAUAUAGAGUGAUUUUCAUGGAUGAUAUAUCAACUGGGCUUGAUAGUUCAACAACACAUCAAACUGUUAAUUAUCCUAGGCACACAACUCAUGCUUUUGAUGGGACUACAUUCAUUUCACUCUUGCAACCAGAUCGAGAUGUUACCAGUUUUGAGAACCAAAAAUUUAUCGUAGUUCUUGAUGAUCAUGAAUGA